AUGCACCAGCUCCAAUUUAUGACGUCGAUUGUUGUAGCAACCAUCUUUCGGCGCAAUAGUGUGAAUAUAUCUUGGUCGUGUUGAUCGUUAUAGUAAAUAACUUAAAUAUUGGUUGCGAUAUGUUAAAUAUUUCCAAUUUGUCUGCGUUUCAACUUCGCGCGGUGUGGUUUAUGUUCGCCUUGGAGAGUUAACGUACGCUUAUGUGUCAGACUGCCGCUAAGUGCAAAGACUUAAUGAGCAGAUCACAUAAACAUUGUGGCAAAUAACGCAGGUUUGGUUUGCGCCUCGUGUUUAGGUAACGCUAGAUAGCUGCUCGGUAUGUCGGCUGUCAGCAGCCUCGUGCCUGCUCGCUUCUUGACCCUGACAGCUCAUCUCGUCAUCGUUAUCACGAUCUUUUGGUCGAGGGAAAACAACGUGAAGGCUUGCUUGCCUUUGGAAUUCACGCAGGAGCAGUAUGACGAUGAAGACCGGAAGUUGGUGGUGGCACUGGCAGUCACCCUCGGUCUGUUUGCCAUAGAGUUGGCUGGGUUCUUCUCAGGAGUGUCCAUGUUCAAUUGCAGCCAAGGUCUCCUGUCACUGGCUGUCCACUGCAGCGCAUCCGUAUCGUUGUCUUUCUUUGUGUUUGAGAAGUGGGAAUGCUGGACAUAUUGGGUUAUUUUUGCCAUCUGCAGUGUGCUACCUGCUUUUGUGGAAAUUCUUCUGUUUAUCGCUGUUUUUGGACUGAAGAAGAAGCCAUUAUGAAAGAAAGUAUUUAUAGAAAAGUUAACAAUGUGAGUGUGAAGACAAGUCUCAAUCAAGAGAUCAAUCAAUAUCAACAGAGACUGUAGCUCCACAAGGUGUGUGGUUCAUUAAUGAUGUACAGAGGAAGGGAUGGGUAAACUAUGUAACUACUGUAUUACAUGCAUACAGUGAACCAACAAACAAGGACAAGCCGCUCACUGCAAUAUUUUUAUACCUACACACAUAUUAACAAUGUUAUUGUAAUCUUAAAUACAUGUUGUAAAAACUA